AUGUUGCGCUCAUUGUUAUUUAUUCUAAUUUGUUCAAAAGUUAACAGUUUUCAAAAUUUAUAUUGUCAAUUGCCUUGUGAUAAUUUUGUUGAAAAUGUGCCCCAUACCGUUUGCGAUCGAUCAGAUGUGAAAUGUGGUCCAGAUCUGUCCUGCGGUCCAGAUUUUAUGGUCAUAGACUUAACAGACGAUGACAGACAAUACAUUUUGGAUAUUCAUAAUUAUUUAAGGAACAAAGUGGCAACGGGGCACGAGAAAAGGGGGCCGCAACCAGAAGCUUCAAAUAUGCAAACUAUGAGCUACAAUAAAGAAUUGGAGUUUAUUGCUCAAUGUUGGGCGAAUGCGUGCAACGGGAAUCCCCUAAAACACGACAGAUGUCGUAAAACAGAAUCCCAUGCUCAUGUAGGCCAAAACUUGGGCUACAUCAACAGCACCAAUCCGAAAAUCAACAAAAUCAAAGCAAUCAAAGAUCUCAUUUUGUUAUGGUACGACGAAGUGGCCCUAUUCGACAGAUUUUGGUUGAACGACACACAAAACAGAGGUCCAAAGUACGUGGUGGGUCAUUACACGCAAUUGGUUUGGGCCGAAACCAACGAGAUCGGAUGCGCGAUGAGCUACUACGCAGAAACGGUGCAAAACGAGAUUUGGCAUCAGGUUAUUUUGGUUUGCAAUUACGGACCUGGCGGGAAUUAUUUGGGACAACCUGUUUAUCAGACUGGAAAACCUGCUUCGAAAUGUUCAUCGAACUUAUCAAGAAACCAACUUUACAAAGGGCUUUGCGGUCAAGCGAUUCCUGCGUCGGACGUGGCCAAUUUUACUUUUGAUGUGUUUCGGCCGGAAUAA